AUGAAAAGCAGACUCACGUCGACGCUGGGCGGCAGCUCGAUUGUCUAUGAGCGAAGAGCCGUGAGCCAGAUCCGCACGUAUAACUGGCCGCCGCUGCAGCUCAAUUUCUGGAUCUUCGUCAUGCUGCUGUCGGCAUCCAGCAUCGUCGGCGUGUUUUCGUCCUUUAUCCAGAUCCAGACGCAGUUGGAUCUGCCCAUACCUUGGUACUUUCCCUACUUUAUAACCGUUGGAUCCGUGGCCAUCCUUUUCAUGGGCUUCAUCUUCUGGCUCAUUGCGACCCGCCGGCUGUUGCCGGCCAUUGUUAUGAUCGGCGCCUUUAUGCUCUUCGUCUUGUGGCUUGUCGGCUUGGUUAUCGUGUCGGUUCAGCUUUGGGGGCCGAGCGGCUCGAUCCAGAGCACCUGCAACCUGCAGGUGUUUAAUAGGAGUCCCCAUGGGCUGAACCAGGAGACGCUGGCGUGGAUGCAGCAGAAGAAUAUAUGUCAAUGCUGGCACUUGGUGUUUGCCAUGUCGCUGACGGGAAUUGUUUUCUUGGUUUGGGUCAUGAUUAUGGCCUACCAGGUGUUUGUCAAUUCAUGA